CAGUAAAUCCUUUUUAAAGAAGAAUUAAAAAAGCGAAAAAAAAUAUUAUGUAACGUCAAUAUGACAAGGCGGGGAGAGGCGUAAAUUUAUAUCGAAAUAUUUUUAGGUAAUAUUAAAAAACUAAAAGGCAGCAAGACAAUGGAGCCGUGGUUGAGCAAUAUUUUGAACGUGGAUCGAGCGAUCUCGCUCCAGUUCCAAAAAACACUGAACGAAUUGAUAGAAACAAUAAUCAAGCCCGAAACUCUGAAACGAGACUUGUUCUUCGCUUUAAUUCUCAUUGUGUUGAAAGAAAAUGAUUUCGUAUUGAAAGGAAGCACAAAACUCGAUGUAGUAGAUUGUAUAUUAGCCGAGAGAAAUCAAGGCAGAUCUGUAUACGAAAUAACUGUUAUUUUGUCAAUAUAUGAAGAUACGCCAGCGAAGAUAAUUGUGUGCUCCCUUAAUGAUGCGAUGCUGAUUAAUUCCUUCGUCGAAGCUACUAAAGAAACGUAUUCCUUGUGCCUACCAAUCAACCAAUAUUUAAUUAUAUCCUCUUUAGGAAUUCCAUCAGAAUAUGCUAAUGUUACGGAAUUGUUCAUUACUUUGAAGGAACAAAUUGUUACUCCAAUGAAAAACUCGAUACUAAAUUACCAUGGCAUAGCCUGCAGCACUUUAUCUGGACUGCCUAACGAUGUGUUGUUCCAAAUUUUGCUAAGUUUGCCUCUCAGUGAUAUUUUGAACAUUUCAGAGUCUUGUAAGAAAUUGAGGAACAUUGUUGCGGAAGAAAACUUGUGGUCUCGUCUAGUUCGAAGAGACUUUCCAAAAGCAAGUGGAAAUAAAAAGGGUGAUUGGCAAAAAACUUACGUAGAUUCGUAUGUAAAGAAACGCAAAAAUAAGUUUGAAGCCGGUCACAGUGUGAGAGAAAAUGUUAUUGAUGAAAACCAGGAAUGGCCCGACUAUUUACCAGUUAAAGAGUCCAGAUGGCAAAUUAUUUUGUAACUUAAUAAAUGUUAGAAAUUUG